AUGUCACUGUUCCCCGGUGUAGCGCUGGUCACCGGCGCAGGAUCCGGUAUGAUGCUCCCCGUAGCCGCGUGCUGCGCCCUCACCCGUCGUGUGUGGUACGGGCAGAUCGCAAUAUCAUUUGCGGUAGAGGGAUGCGACAAGAUAGCCAUCCUUGACAAAAAUGUGGAAGGUAUGGCAGAGACCGAGGCCCAGGUGCGGGCCACAAGGCCAUCUCCGGAUCUGGAGGUCCUCGCCAUCAAGGUAGACAUCCGACAGGAGCAAGAGAUUCUCGACGCCAUGGCCCUCGUAGUAAAGCAUUUUAGUCGCAUCGACUACGCUGUCAACUGUGCUGGCAUCUUCUGUCUGACAAAGCCAUCGCAUGAGUUGGAAACGUCCGAGUUUGACAAUAUCAUGAGCACCAACUUGCGAGGACUGUGGAUCGGCUCCCGCGAGGAGAUUAAGCAGAUGAUGCAGCAGGACCCUUUGCCUACGCACGACGGCAGGCCCGGCUGCAGAGGGUCCAUUGUCAACAUUGCGAGCAACUUGGGCAUCGUCAGCAAGGACGGAACGCCGGCGUAUAAUGCCUCCAAGACGGCCAUUGUCAGCAUCACAAGGUCGGAUGCCAUCGAUUAUUCCCCACACAACAUCCGCGUCAACUGCGUCUGCCCGGGAAUCAUCGACACACCCAUGGUCGCCGAUAUGCCCGACGACGCCCCCGGCGUUCUCAUCGCGCCGAUGAAGCGGAAGGGAAGGCCGCAAGAAGUGGCCGAUGCGGUAUUGUUCCUGGCCAGCGCCAAGGCGUCCUUCAUCCAGGGCACGAGUCUCACCGUAGAUGGGGGAUACGUCAUCAACUGA